AUGGAGCUUCCGCUUGACAAACUUGAACUUCGUCGAGCCUCGAGAGCUCAAGAAAUUCAUUCACGGAAGUCAACUGCAGUCCAAUGGGCAAAAUGGUACGACAUGGAAGGAUACUUAGGAAGGCUGGAGUAUCUUGAGUCAUUGGAUCACGCAAACGAUGGACGACUUGUUACGUGGGUGUUAGUUCCAGCUAAUGAGCCCGAGACAUUGGAGAUUUUGAGUACGUGCCAGACGUACAAACGAGACAUUUUGGUCAUCCCUGCAGGUGAAACUAGGUCUGUACAAGAUGUGGGAUACGCUAUUGCCUCUGUCUUUACUCCUAUCCAACACCGAGGAAAGGGAUACGCUGCACGAAUGAUGAGUCUCUUGCAUUUUGCACUCGCACGGCCAGAGGGUGUCCCUUCUUUUCCCAAGGAAUGGGGAAAUCCUCCAGGUCUAGUACAAGAACCUGGACUGGUAUCAGUACUUUAUAGCGGUGUAGGAACCUACUACUCGCGCUGUGCGCCUGGAGAUGGGUCUGGUUGGACAAUCGUCGGAACUCGAACCAUAGAGUGGGCCGUCCCUUCUAGGACGAUUGAGCUCGACUCUGGUGUUGAGCUACUUUCUAUGGAAGAAGCCGUAUCGACUUUUGUAGCAAACGCUGUUGAUUUUAAGCAGCAUCUAGAAUCUCGGGACCCGUCACCGGUCUUGCGAUUUGCCUUUAAACCCACUGCUGGAUGGUGUCGAUACCAAAUGAUCCGGGACCAGGAAUCGCCUGUUUACGUUACAUCUCCGCCCCAAUCCUGGGGUGCACGUAUACGACAUGGACCAGAAACACACUAUAUCGUGUGGACAUAUCGACCAAGUAAAGACCCAAAUCCCAAGCUAAUAGUGAUCAACAUCCAUGCAACGUCGAAAACCUUUCCUGCUUUAAUAAGGGCUGCGAUUUGGGUCGCCAAGAAGGAGCAGCAUCAGCUGGUCGAGGCAUGGAACUUGGGGGCUGAUUUGUCGAGCGCUAUCGAAGAGACUAGAGGAAGGGUUUAUGAAAGGACAGGACAAUUGCCUGCUUUAAAGUGGUACGGGCAGGAACAGGAAAUCGACUGGGUAGAUAAUAACAAGUGA